AAUAGAUAAGUUAUCAAUUCUCUGUGGAUUCGAUCCUUUACCACUAUCUGCAGUAUUAAUAUUGUUGAUAACCGGAAAUGUUAUUUUUAAUCGGUUUCGACAACCACGAGUCAUUAACAUCAUCAUCUUACAUUUACUUUGAUUUUCAGUCCAUGUUUUGAAUCUCGAAAAUACUCCAGCCACUUCUGAUUUGAAUCUGAAAAAAUAUAUCCAGCACAUUCAAGUUAAAUCAUCAAUAAAGGCAAUAUAAUACUUACUGCCUUUUAAGUGAUGGUGUUUGAUAUGGCCCUCCAAGAUUAGUAUGAACAACAUUACAUGUUCAAAAAAUAAAUUGAAAAAAAAAACACAGCAAUGGAGUUGUGGCAUGCGGGGUUGAUGCUGCGAUGAUGUAGGGCUGCGACUUUAUUGCGACUCUAGUAUUAUGAGCUUACAGCACGGCUAUAAAAGAUAGGGUAUUGGAAAAGAAUGUUUAUAUAUUAGAGAUUGAAUGGUUGAGAUUAUUUCAAACUAUUCCCCUGCCCAGAGCCCACCCUAAAGACUAAGCUCUCUUUUCUCUUCCGUAGUCCACCCUCUCAUCUUCUCGGCGCUCAUGCUCAUCCCGUAACCAUCGCCGUCGCUUCUUCUCUUCCCCUAUCAGUGGUCAGAAAAGAAAAACUGCAGCUACUCCGCAGGUUUUGAUGGGCUGCUUCUUGAGCAAGAGCAAUGCGCAGGCAGAUAGCCUCAAUGACAUUAAAGAUAAUACAGCACCGUUGCCUGAGCAGUCAGUGGUUACAUAUGCGGCUGAAUGUGGACCAUAUUCUGAUAAGAAUGGAAGUCGUGAUGCACCAGCAGCCUCGGAGAUUGCUCAAUCAUAUGGAUUUAAGAGAUAUGAAUACCAAAAACUAGCAAAAGCAACUCGUUUUUUCUCCAAUGUACACCGCAUUGGCGAGGGUGGUUUUGGGAUAGUCUAUAAGGCAUCCUUAGAUGAUGAUGAUGUUGCUAUAAAGAAACUUAAAAUAGUAAAGCUGGAGAAUAAAUUGGAGGAGAUUGAGUACCUUAGCGUUGUGCGCCAUCCAAAUAUCGUUAAGAUGAUUGGAUACUGCAGUGAAGGAGAAGAUAAAUUGCUUGUUUUAGAGUUUGUUCCCAACAAGUCUUUGAGACAUCAUCUACAUGAUGAAGACAAGCUUUUGGAAUGGUCGAAAAGAAUAAAAAUCGCAAUAAACUCUGCCAGAGGAUUGCUUUAUCUGCAUGAAGAAUAUUUUUCACUGGCGAAUUUUUUGCCUGACACGGGUAAUAUUAACCAUAUCAGCAGUAUACUAAGGGGAACCAACAUUUAUGCAGAUCCAGAAUAUGGUGAUAAACAAAGAGUGUCAGAGAAAUCAGAUGUCUAUUCUUUUGGCGUUGUACUCCUAGAGCUGAUUACUGGAAGAGAACUUUCAGAUAAACAAGGCAAUACUAUUGUUAAUUGGGCUAGGUCUCAGAUUGGACAAGCUUUGGACAAUGAUGAUUAUACCGUUCUUGUUGAUUCAAAAUUGGAAGACAUGUAUAACAAGGAAGAAAUGAUAAGAAUGAUUUACUGUGCAGCAGCUUCGGUAUAUAAACCUUCAUACUCCCGACCAACAAUGAAACAGAUAAUUGGAGUUCUUGAAGGAACUAUUUCGCAUGAGAAGAUAAUAGACUGGAAAGACAUUAAAACUAUACAGGGAAGGCCUACUACUAGUCUAGAAUCUCUACUUGGCAUUGAGAGGGCACAAAAUUUUUCGCCGAGAAUGUUUUCUUUUGAAGAACUAGCAAUUGCAACUCGAUUUUUCUCCAACAAUCGCAUGCUUGGCGAUGGUGAUUAUGGUAGAGUUUACAAGGGGGAACUCGAUGGAAUGGCUGUUGCUAUUAAGAAGCUUUCUCUUUGGGUGGGUGCACAGAUGGGAGGUGAACAAAUGGUUAAUCGCAUCAAUCACGAUUACCAAUAUCUAAACAAGCUGAUUGGAUAUUGCAAUGAAGAAUCUGAUAAAUUUCUUGUUUAUGAGUUUGUUCCUAACAAGACAUUGAGAUUUCAUUUACAUGAUGCAGGACACAAAAAAACAAUCGAUUGGUCUAGAAGAAAGAAAAUUGCCAUAGGCUGUGCGAAAGGAUUGGCAUAUUUGCAUGAAUUUUGUACUCCUACGAUCAUACUCGGAAAUUUUACUUCUGGUAUUAUUCUUCUUGACAAUAACUUUGAACCAAAGAUUUCAGAUUUUGAACUUGCCCAAGAACUUCCAAAUUUUGUUACCCAUAUUUCUACUGAGGCAAAGAUAUACCGUGGUUAUGGGGCUCCUGAGUUUCUCAAAGAUGGCAAGAUUAAUGAAAAAGUUGAUGUCUUUUCCUUCGGUGUGGUUCUUCUAGAAUUGAUUACUGGAAAACCAUCUGUAAUAAGGGAAGGCAAUUUUUCUAUGAACUUGAUUGCUUGGGUGGCACCUCAACUCACACAAGCUUUUAAUACACAUAAUUACAAUAGUAUUAUUGAUGUCGAAUUGCAGAACAAUUGUGAAAUAAUUGAAAUGAUUCAAAUGAUUCAUUGUGCUGCGGCUUGUGUAUACAAACCAGCAAAAACUCGUCCAAAAUUAAGUCAGAUUGUUGAAGUCUUACAAGGAAAUAUGAAAUCAGAAAGUAUAUGGAUAUACAGUGACAACACUUACCUUAAGGAUGGGCCACAAUAUUAAGUGCAUAACAAGUUAAUAUAAGGAUGCAAAUGAUCUGCAAACGAAGAUGAUCAAGUCUCCUUAGCCUUGGCUGCUAUUAAUAUAUUCAACUAUUUGUUCCUUUUCCCAUAUGUUGAUACUAUUAUCAAGUCUUGCUAUGCUCUUGUCUCUCUUCAAUUUUCUCAACUGAGAAUACUAUUGAUUUGUUGCUAAGCUUCGGGAUUUGUAUUUGCCUCAAGUUUCUGAUAUUCUCUUUCUCAUGAAAAUUCAAGUUGGCUAAGAGAGGAUGAGGUGUAAUAAGUAUAUGUUUGGGUAUAAGAAUAUAUUUGUCAU